GGCCGGGGGAGAGCCUGGAGAUACCAGCCUCGAGGGGUGGCUGUCGGCUCCUGGCCGGGCGUGCGGAGCCGCUGCCUGCUCCCUACACUUCCUCCUGGGCCUUCUUUCUGUGUUUGGGGGCUCGGACCAAGAUGAACCUCAACUUCACCUCCCCCCUACACCCGGCAUCUUCUCAGAGGCCCACGUCUUUCUUCAUUGAGGACAUCCUGCUGCACAAGCCCAAGCCACUCAGGGAGGUGCCCCCCGACCAUUUCGCCAGCUCCUUGGCCUCCCGGGUGCCUCUGCUAGACUAUGGCUACCCCCUCAUGCCCACCCCCACCCUCCUGGCUCCUCACCCCCAUCACCCUCUGCAUAAGGGAGACCACCACCACCCCUACUUCCUCACCACUUCGGUCUUAAGCCUGUUGCUGGCCUCUGGGAGCCCGGCCCCAAAGCACUGUGACUGCAGACCGGGUGAGAGCGAGCAGGCACCGGCCGCGUCUGCUGCGGGGGGCCGCGGGGACACCAAGUUGCCGCCUCUCUCCGGAAGCCCCGCCACCUCUCCCGGCACUUUUAUUCCGGCCGGAGUGAAAACGUGGUUCCAGAACCGGCGGAUGAAGCAUAAAAAGCAGCUGAGGAAAAGUCAGGACGAGCCCAAAAUAAUGACAGCACUGUUUUAA